AUACAAUAAAUAUUAGCAACGAAAUUUUGUAAUAAAUUUAUUCUGAUAAUAAGUUCUUUAUUAAGUUGGUGUCAUGCGUAUUUGCAUAUGUACAUUUUAUCGGAACGCAAAAAAAAAAAAAAUAUUUAACACACAAUAACUGUCUUUGUUCGACCUUUUCUAAGUUAAAUUGUUGUAUUGCACAUCUCGAAAGAGGGGACAAAUACAGGAAGGACCAUCAGCCUAAUUUUAGAAUCCGUCACAUUCGGGUCUGUCCAUUCCACGCAGCCACAAGCGGGUUCCGUAGAUGUUACAUUAAAUAUAUAAUUUGUUCCGAUAACAAUUACAGUAUGUCUUUGACGAAGAAGGGAAAUAUCUCGCUCGACGAAUUUCGUCAUGCCGUAUACAGUGAAAUCGUCUCGCAAGAGCCGUUCGCGACUCGAUUCGCGAAAUUGUCCACGUCGGGCGAUAGGCGAGGAAUGAUCGAGAUGCUUAUAGAAAUGCCCCAUGUAGCAGCCCUGAAACUGGGCGCUUCGUAUCAGGGUAAGAACGACACGCAAGCCGCGCGAUUGUACGAGAGAUCACUUAAAGUGAUGGCAACUGAAUCUGAGGAUAAGCAUGCGGAGGAAAUUAGAACGUGUAAUAUUCUCACGAAAGCACUGUUUGCGGCCAGUGCAAACGGUAAAGUAUUUCUAGAUGCGCUUUGCGAGCGUGCCAGGCGUUCCUAUUAUCUGAACGCUUAUGCGAGCUGUCUGCGAUACUGCGAAUGCAUGCUGGCGCUUCCUGCGAGUUUCUAUGACGACUCCGAGGAGAAUGUCAGAUACUUCGUGCAGCGUAGAAAAGAGUGCUUGCAGUUAGAACGAGAGUGCUCCCGGAAAUUGGAGAGAAACGCGUCCAGGAAACGCGGCGGAAGGACGUCUUCUUUCUCUUCGCCCUCAUCCUCUUCUUUGUCGCUUGGGAAACACGCCGUCGUAAUGCCCGCCGUCGAUGGCAAGCCACACGACCGCUUCACGAGUUGUCCGGAUAGCGUCGAGCUGCGUUUCGACCGGGCUAGGGGCCGGCACCUCGUGGCUACAAGAGACAUCAGACCGGGGACUGUACUCAUUGUCGAUCGGCCGUUUUCCUUUAGUACAGAUGCACCGGCUCUCGGCAGGAAUUGCUUGCAUUGCCAUACCACACUUAAAUUAGAAGACAGCGUUAAAAUCCCGUGCCGUAAUUGCCAAACAGUGUCUUUUUGCACCGAAACGUGUCGCAAGAAAGCGUGGGAGAUUUAUCACCAGUACGAGUGCUCGAUACUUGAUUAUUUCUUUGAAAAUUCCUCAAACGACAGAUGCCAAAAAACGUCUCAUCUCUUGUUAGCCUACCGCACGACGGUUAUGCAAGCGUUAUCGUCACAAAGUGCGGAAACGAAAUACGUUUUGAAUCCUGAUUUCUUACAAUAUCAUGCUAGUGGUAAAAGUAUCGAUGAGAACAUCAAUAAAGAAUAUACAAAAUCAGGAUCGAUAGAGACAUACAAUCCUCUUGAUUACCGAACGGUAUUCCAGUUGGAAACCCAUUGCGCCGAUGUGGAACCUAAUGUGAAUCUCAUUCACACGAUUCAGGCGAUCUACCUCGCGAAAUGCUUGAUCUUCGUUCUGAGCAAACUCGAUAUCGUUUGUACGAAGGAAACAUUUAUUCCAUUGGCUGUAGCUAUGCUGCAUCAUUUGCAGGCGAUUAAUUGCAAUGCAUACGAGAUUGUUGAAAAUGUUUACGAGGAAACGACGCGCAUUUGGGAACCCAGAAAUAUCGGUGGCGCGAUUUAUACUACAGUUAGUCUUGUAAAUCAUAGCUGUUAUCCCAAUGUAGUUCGUCAUUCUUACCCCAAUGGAAUAGUUGUGGUCAGAGCAUUGCGCUAUAUCGGCAAAGGUUGCGAGAUACUUGAUUGCUAUGGGCUCCAAUUCCUCAGUGAGAUCAGAUUGACUAGACGCGAACUUUUAUGGAAGAAAUAUCGAUUCUUAUGCGAAUGUGACGCUUGCACGCAAGACUGGAAAUUCCCAUUGCCCGAGACAAUGUAUUACAAGUGUACAUCGUGUUCCGGACCAACAGAUGUCUCGGUGACAAGUACGAAUGUUUCGCAGAAAGUGGCAAAUCAACAAUGUACUAAAUGCCAAAAAAUGAUCGAUCUAAAAAAACUCGAAAAACAACUUCGUAAAUCGAUUCAAAAGAGAUUGAGCGCUGUAGCUAAAAUGUAUCACGGGAAUUACAGAGAUGCAAUCCCUCUGCUAUAUGAGCACGCGUACUUUGUCAAUAAACAUUUGGUUGAACCGAACAUCGAAGGUAUCAAAACAGAACAAUGUAUCGUCCAAUGUUACAAUUCUUUUGGCUCGAUCUCUGUGUAAUAAUCUCCGUUCCUGCUUGUAACACAGUCAUUUAUAGUUUAUUUUAAAAACUACUAUAAAUGAUUAUUAUUUAAGUAUAGUGGUGAAAUAGUUAUUUAAUUUUUUGUUGUCAGUUUUCUGCUUUUUACACAGUUCUGUAAAAAGACACGACGUAUAUAAUUCGCAUAAGAAUAUACUUUCAGCUAUUUUAGAAAAGUUUAUAAACAUAGAAAAACAGAAAAUGUUCACGGCACAAUGUACUUCAUUUUAAAGUGCAUUAUCAUUAACAACGCAAAGCAAUGCAAGAUUAAAUUAAGUGAUAAAGAAGCAUAUAAUUCCGUGUAAAAAAAAAACAUAAAAAAAACAAAAAAAAAAAAAACAAAAAAACAAGAAAAAAAAAUUAUUACGAAAUUAUUUCAUUUUUAUACAAUAAUAAGUCAGAGCAUAU